CAUAAUAACACUAUGUACAAACUCUUUUCUUAUUUUAAAAUCACACUCACAUAAUUCACAUUUCUAAUCUCUCUUCUUCCUCACUCCUCUGACCACCAUGAGGUGGCGGGCGCCUCCAGGCCUUGGCGUCGCCGCCAUGUCCUACGUGGCUAUCGACUACCUCCGCCACAUAUCGCCGACGUGGCACGCGCGUCUUCAGCCAGCACUGUGGUCUAUUCUCGCUCUAGCUGCGGUGAUUCGUGUCCCCUUCUACAAGCACUGGUUCUCCGAGUUUCGUGCGGCCAUACCAUUUGUAGCUUCCAUGCUCUUCAUGCUCUCAGCUCUCCUCUUUGAAGCUCUCUCUGUACGCUUCGUCACCGCCGUGCUCGGCCUAGACUGGCACCGUGAUACACCUCCUCUUCCGGACACUGGCCAGUGGUUACUACUGGCACUUAACGAGAAACUUCCCCAUGUCAUAGUUGAGAUACUGAGAGCUCGUAUUAUUGGACUGCACCAUUUCCUAAUGCUGUUUAUGAUGCUGGCAUUCUCUGUACUAUUUGACUCUGUAGAAGCUCCUGGCCUUGGCCUAGGUGCAAGAUACAUGUUCACCAUGGCAAUUGGACGUCUUCUUCGGGCCAUAUCAUUUGUAUCUACUAUUUUGCCAUCAGCCAGGCCUUGGUGUGCUACUGCUCGCUUCAGAGUCCCUGCAUAUCCUCAUCAUUGGGCUCAAAAAUAUUAUGUACCUUAUGCUUCAGAUGCUAAUUCUAUUCGGCAAUUAAUCCAAUGGGAUAUAGCCUAUGCUGAUACUGGGAAAUACCUUGGUGACUAUCAGCCAGACUGGGGUUUAAUGAGCUUCCUAAUAGAUUACCUGCGACCCACUGCUUCAGAAGGAUCCUCCUGGUACAGUCUGCUAAAGAAAGCUGGAGGUGGCUGCAAUGACCUCCUAUACAGUGGCCACAUGCUCGUUGCAGUAUUGACAGCCAUGGCUUGGACGGAAGCUUAUGGAGGUUUUAGCUCAGCUCUUAUAUGGCUUUUUGUAAUGCACAGCGCCCAGAGAGAGAUACGAGAGCGCCACCAUUACACUGUUGACUGUGUUGUUGCCAUAUAUGUAGGCAUCCUCCUCUGGAAGAUGACAGGUUAUAUCUGGCCAGUCAAGGAUGCAUCCCGUGGUAGAAGGCUUACUAAGCUUGAAAAAAUUCAGGGUAGACUAAUCCAAGCUGCGAAGGACUCAGACAUGGAUAAAGUGAGGGAGCUUCUCGAAGAGGUUGAGAUAGGCAGUCAAGAGAGCCAAAACAAAGGCCCCAACAGGGCUAUGUGGGUGUUUGCUUGUGCAACCAUUUUUUCUGCACUUACCAUUGUUCUUUUGGCCUUCACAUGGACCAGCGAUGGAUGAUUUAUUUUUAUUUUAAGAUUUUCUACCACGAUGUCAUUUUAAUUCUAUGUAAUUUUACAUUUUUCUUCUUUUGUGAAAGUUGUUUGUGUAGGAUAUGUCUUGAGGCUUUUCUGUUUACUAAAUGAGAUGAUUUUGUGAACUUUCCUUAGAUAAAAAUGGUUGCUUAAGCGAACUUACAUCAAA